AUGUCCCAGCUACGUGGAGAGCAGCCAAGCUAUUUGAAAGGAGACAACUUUUUCAAGUUCACCUGCUCGGACUGCGCCGAAGACAGGAAGGAGAGUUUUGAGAGGAUGAGGCUGACCUGGCAGCAGGAAGAAGACGUCCACAUGGUGGAGCACCGUGGCAGGAUGUUUGUCUGUCGGCAGCCCAACGUUUUUCCGUUCAGGAGCACAGGAGUUCGGAGAACCUGGCUGGUGGAAGCUAGUCCAGAAUCGGCCACCUACUCUACGGCCCGAGGGGGAGAAAAGAAGAAGACGUCCACAUGGUGGAGCACCGUGGCAGGAUGUUUGUCUGUCGGCAGCCCAACGUUUUUCCGUUCAGGAGCACAGGAGUUCGGAGAACCUGGCUGGUGGAAGCUAGUCCAGAAUCGGCCACCUACUCUACGGCCCGAGGGGGAGAAAAGCUCUGCAGCUUCACUUAAAGCCAAAGCUGUGUCAAAGCCGUCCCUGGACCCCAUAAUCACUGUGGAGGGUUUGAGGAAGCGUGGAAGUCGGAACCCAGUGGAGAACGCCAUACAGCUGAAAGAAAAACGUUCCCGAACACAGGAAGCUAAAGAGAUCCGGCGUGCGCAGAAGGAGGCGGCCGGGUUUCUAGACCACAGUGCCUCGUCCACACCUGUCAAACUGGGCAAUCGUGUGCGGCGGUCAGAGCCGUAUCUGGAGAAGGGUGAAGUCAUUGACUUUUCCUCUCUCAGCUCCUCUGACAGAACCCCGCUCACCUCUCCCUCCCCCUCCCCUUCGCCCGACUUCUCCGCCCCUGGAACGCCCGCCUCACACUCUGCUACGCCCAGUCUGCUGUCAGAGGCCGAUCUCAUCCCAGAUGUCAUGCCCCCUCAGGCUCUUUUCCACGACGAUGAAGAAUUGGACGCCGAGGGCGUUAUCGACCCUGGAAUGGAGUAUAUUCCCCCUCCCAGCAUGCCUUUGGCUACUGGCACCAUCAUGGUCAGGAAAAAGAUACGUCCAGCAGAGCUGAUCAAACAAGAACUGGAGAGUGAAGACGAAGAGCGGGGUAGAGAAGGUGAGGAAGACGAUGGCCAGGAUGAAGGCUUGUUGCCAGCAGGACGGGGGCGUGGGAUUGAGCGGAGGAAGGUUCUUCAAGAUAAGGGCGAGGGCUGCGUAUCUUUGCCCACCCCGCGCUACACGUUCAUCAGCCUUUACGAGGAGCGUUUGCUGCUCCACAGGCUAGAGGCGUGUCCACAAGCGCUGGCCAUCACGCCACAGGCCAAAAGACUGCAUCGCAAGCUACUCGUGCGACAGGCGAAAAGAGAGCGAGGGCUCCCCCUGCUGGAUGUGGAUCAGGCCGUGAGCGCUACGCUCAGUCUGGUGGGGGGGGUGUACGGGGCACAAGGGGGUUUGGCCAGCCACAGGACAAGCGAAGAGGAGAAAUACAGAACCACCAGCCAGGACCUUCGAAUACUUGAUCGCUUUCAGUCAACAGUGACCAUAAGGAAAGGGUUUUAUCAGCACACAGUGUCGUUCUGGCACAGGCUAAUGGGUUCUGAUGCCUGCAUGGAUCAGACCAUCAAGAGUCCCUACACGUCCAGAGUGCUCAAGCCGUACAUCAGGAGAGACUAUGAGAGUCGGCCGCUGAAGCUGCGUUUACUCUCAGAGAUCCGUGCGUAUCCUCACAGGAAGGACCCAAAUUGGGUUGCUGAACCUGACGCACCUAUAGACUACUGCUAUGUGCGACCCAAUCACAUCCCUUCUGUCAACUCCAUGUGCCAAGACAUCUUCUGGCCUGGUAUCGACCUAUCAGAGUGCCUCCAGUACCCAGACUUCAGCGUGGUGGUGCUUUACAAGAAAGUUGCCAUCGGUUUUGGCUUCAUGGUGCCAGAUGUGAAAUACAACGAGGCCUACAUCUCCUUCCUGCUGGUGCAUCCUGAAUGGAGGCGAGCUGGUAUCGCCACAUUCAUGAUCUACCAUCUCAUUCAGACCUGCAUGGGAAAGGAUGUGACCCUUCACGUAUCGGCGAGCAACCCUGCCAUGCUGCUCUACCAGAAGUUCGGCUUCAAGACAGAGGAGUACAUCCUGGACUUUUAUGAUAAAUAUUACCCGGUGGACAGCAAAGAGUGCAGGCACGCAUUCUUCCUGCGCUUACGCCGCUGAGGAGCCUAAGCUUUGGGUUUUGUACGUCGUGUAACUUCGUUGUCAUGUGACUCGGAUGUCAGUCAGGGAGUGUUUGUUAGUGUUAUCACAGUCAUAUUUGUUGCAUUAUUAACCGUUUGAGGCUUAGUGUGAUUUAUGUGAUUUAUUUUAUAUUUGGUUCAAUGUUUAAACCAAAGCGAAGGAUUUGUUUCUCCGCAUACAUACACCAGCAUAACUCUCUUCCUUCUGCACCAUAAACAUAGCUAAAUUAGUUUUUAGUAGUUUAAAAAAUGUUUUGUUUUGUAUUCACAGUUGUGCAGAUAAAAAUG